AAGAGACCAACAAAGUGAUUGUUUUCCGGGACGGCACGGGCGUUGCCCUGGCAACGUACGAGACCGAAGCAGAAACCCUAAGAGACAUAACGGUGUAUGCUCCGGAAAACCAACCCUCUGUACCAGAUCCUUGCAAGGCUAAAAACUGCGAACAUUUCUGUGUGAGGUCUGGACGCUCUUCCGCAAGGUGUCUCUGCCAGAACGGAUUUACCUUAUCUCCAGAUGACGGCUCCUGUACAGGUUCUACUGUGUACUCUCCACGGCUGAUUGCAUUCGCGAACAAAACCCACGUGUGUUUCAUCAACAUCACCGCAUUAUCUCCGGAAGUGCCCCUCACGCCUUAUUGCCCGGUUACUGAAGGUGUCAACAUCACUGCCAUUUCCACUGACUCUGCAAACCGGACGGUGUAUUUCGCUGACAGGGGCAGGAGGCAGAUCUCCAAGGUGUCGCUCAGGUCUGAACAGUCCAGUGUCGUGCUCAGUGAUGUUUCUAACAUUCAAGGUCUGAGUUAUGAUUGGCUGCGUGACACACUGUACUGGACAGACUCCGGUACAAGGCAAAUCAAGUCUUACCGAAUCGGUUCUGGGGGGCCGCCAUUGACCUUCCUCACCUUAAAUGGUACACUGGGACCUUUGACCCUUGACCCAUUUUCAAGGCAAAUCUUCUGGAUCUCCCAGUCUCCACUGGCUAUCAGGAGCGUAUCCUAUGAUACACCAAGAUCCGUGAAAACUUUGGUAUCAACCGGUAUCCGGAAUCCAGGGGAUAUCCAUUGUGAUCCAGUCAAACAAACACUAUACUGGGCAGACGGGAAGGAAAUAAAGAGUGUGCAAACAGACGGCACUGGCGACACAACCGUGAUUACAACCGCUCACAACAACAACAAGGGACUAGUGGUACACAGGAGAUUCGUAUUUUGGUCUGCCCACGGUUUGGCUGCUUACAUUAACAGCGGAAAUUUAUAUCACAAAGUCCAUUCAAGAAUGGUUUCUGUUCCCUCUUCUGAGCAAAUCGUCGAUCUCGACAUUGUGGAUAAUUACUUCCAAAAGGAAACAAGGGGUGCAUGUUUUGAGAAUGGCAAUUGUGAUCAUUAUUGUGUGGAGACAGGGGGCGCUACCAGAGAAUGUCGGUGUGAACUGGGAUUUGAUUUACAGGAAGACGGACAGACGUGCAGAACCGAGAUUCUCCGCAGCAAUCACAUCCUGGUGACCGAUUUAAUAGCUGGACGCUUUUACCAAGUGCACUUGAAAAAUGGCCGAGUCAGGGGCAUGUUUCAUCCAAAAGGUCAGAGUCCAACAGUGGCACUGAAUCCUGGCAACAGUCUGGUCUACUGGUCGGAUUUGAGUAACAGAGAAAUUUUGUCGAGUUUUCUUAACGGAACCGAGAUGAAAACUGUUCUCAGCACAGGAAUACAUUUCGCUGACAGGUUAGCGGUAGACCCUGCAACUGGGAAUAUCUUUUUCUCGGCAGUAGACGCAGGAGGUGUUAACGGAUCUAGUUACAUAGGCGUCGUGACUUCUGAUGGCAGGUCUAAAAAGAAUCUUAUCCCAAGGCUGAACGCCCCAAGGGCUGUGGCGUUACACAGUGCCAAAGGCAUAAUGUUUUGGAGUGAUCACGGUUUUGGAGCUCACAUAGGUCGUGCUAACAUGGAUGGUUCACAGAGACAAAACAUUGUCACAACGGACAUUAAGUAUCCAAACGGAAUCGCUAUAGACGUUGACGAAGAACAGCUGUUUUGGACUGACGGAGGCAGGAAUGUCAUCGAGCGCUGCACGCUUUUUGGCUUUGGACGACAAGUCAUUGUGAGUGAUGUGAAUGCCAAUCUGCUGGCCAUCGUGAUCCACGAAGAGAAGCUUUACUAUACAGCCUGGAAUAAACGUGGCAUCACUGUGGUAAACAAGGCAGAUGGAUCAAACAAACACUUACUGAUGGAGUCUCCCGUUUUUGCAGAACUGUCGGACUUUGUAAUAAUGCAGCCGAACAAACCCUUACCUGAGUACAACGCGUGUUCUGCGAACAACGGAGAUUGUAGCGCCCUCUGUCUCCCGACGCCAACUAGCAGAACGUGCGCAUGUCCAGAUUCUGUUGUGUUAGGAUCAGACCACAAGACCUGUGAUGGAGAUACUCCUAGAACAACGUCCACGACUUCAUCACCCCCACCGAUCAUCCCUGAUGAAGCAAAGAGUGACAACAUAGUUGUCAUUAUAGCGUCGGCGACGUCAUCUGGCGUUAUUGUCGUUGUGGGCCUCGUGGUUGUUAUUGUUGUUGUGCUGAUUUUUCGCCUGAGGAAAAAAAACAACAGACGUACAGCGCAGACAGUCCUGUAUAAUCCUGGAUAUGCAACUGGCCCUAGCAAUCCACCGAGGGGAGACAGCCUUUAUUGUACGAUUAAUGACGAUCAAACGAUGCCGGGCACAGCACCCCCACCCUACAACGCUCCCUACCCAUUCCAAUCGACUCACGACUCUGUGUACCUGACUCCGACUUCCGGUAAUUCCGUGAAGUUUACUAGACCUGAGGAAAGCGAUGACAAUUAUGUCCCCCUAUCCAGACUACCUGUACCGCUGCCUCCCAACAAUGGCGAUACUUCCUCGAAUGUCGUGCCUUAGAGGCAUAGAGCUGCAGAAAUUCAAGCUUCGGCCGACACCAAAGUGGUGUUGGUAAUUCGACACCGGGGACAUCCAGGCAGGGCUUAAUGGAACAUAAUACCUGCAAAAUUAAAAUAACACUCUGCUUCAUGACGACAUGUCCUAAACCAUGCUUUACUGACGUUUAUAAGUAUAAUUCAUAAUUUGAUGUGCUUUUUUUUUUUUGGAAUCGCCAUAAUUUGCGGUUAUUGUCAAGUAAUACAUGUAAUUCCUCGUCUUGGGACUAAAGCGCCGUUUAUUAGCACCCUUUCCUAAUAAAAACACACAAUGGCAGAGGAUAUGUAGCACAAUGUAGAUUUUAGUAAACUAGCACGCUUGUACAGAUCGGGACCAUAGGCGAAUGAUUCUGUUGCGCCACCAUUAGCUAUUGUAAAUCAUCUGCAAACAUCUACUAAACGUGUGAAAUGCUGAGGUUUCCCGACUGGUGGAAACAACCGAGAUACUUACUGGAAAGUGUCACAUCCCAUUUCUGAUAGUUUUCCGGGAAUACCGGAACACAACGUGGUGCUUAAGUUAGAUUUCUGGUUGGCGGAAACUCGAUUAUGGUUUACAUGUAUGUUACGUUUCCGUCAACCGGAAACUGUACAAGGAUGAGGCGUUGAGAUGUAAUCUAACUUACACUGCCUGGUUUCCACUAAGUAGAACCAUGCGACAAUGUUCUCCCUGGAGAGAAAUGAGACGUUGAAUGUGACGAAUAAAUAUCUAAAUGGCUGUGGGUAUAACAUGUAUCUGGUAUUAAGAUAGCAGUCUACCAUAACCCCAGCAUGACGGUCUACCAUAACCCCAGCAUGACGGUCCAUCAUAGCCCCAGCCAGCAUGACUGUCUAUCAUAGCCCCAGCAUGACGGUCUAUCAUAACCCCAGCCAGCAUGACGGUCUAUCAUAACCCCAGCAUGACGGUCUAUCAAAACCCCAGCCAGCAUGAUGGUCCAUCAUAGCCCCAGCCAGCAUGACGGUCUACCAUAACCCCAGCAUGAUGGUCCAUCAUAGCCCCAGCCAGCAUGACUGUCUACCAUAGCCCCAGCAUGACGGUCUAUCAUAACCCCAGCAUGACGGUCUAUCAUAGCCCCAGCAUGACGGUCUAUCAAAACCCCAGCCAGCA